AUGGCUUCUCAACUACUACCCCUCGAGCUUAUUGAUAAGUGUGUUGGCUCCAGGAUCUGGGUCAUCAUGAAGGGCGACAAGGAAUUCAGUGGAACUCUCGUCGGCUUCGACGACUACGUCAACAUGGUUUUGGAAGAUGUGACUGAGUUUGACUACUCGGGUAACCACACCAAGCUGCCCAAGAUUUUGCUGAACGGCAACAACAUUUGCAUGUUGAUUCCCGGUGGUGAGGGGCCAGAGGGUGCUGCUUGA